GCGGCGGCACGGAAAACAAUGGGGCCGAGACGGAGGCGACAGGCCGAGGCCUGAGGUGGGCAGUGAGCGCCCGCCCGAAGUCGGGCAGAGCGGAGCGGGGGCAAGAUAGGCCGCCGCGUGCCAGCCUGCUCCGCAGCCCGCGGGAGCAUGGCGCGGCCGUGAGGCGGACCGAGACCGCCGGGGGAAGCGGAGCCCACAGUGCCAGCCGGCCCGGAGAGGCCCGGGCCCGGCCCGUGCAGCCCCGCGGCCCAUGGUGCUGCCCACCUGCCCCAUGGCGGAGUUCGCGCUGCCGCGGCACAGCGCGGUCAUGGAGCGCCUCCGCCGGCGCAUCGAGCUGUGCCGGCGCCACCACAGCACCUGUGAGGCCCGCUACGAGGCCGUGUCGCCCGAACGCCUGGAGCUCGAGCGCCAGCACACCUUCGCCCUGCACCAGCGCUGCAUCCAGGCCAAGGCGAAGCGCGCCGGCAAGCACCGGCAGCCGCCCGCCGCCGCCCCGGCCCCGGCCCCGGCGCCCGCCCCGGCCCCGCGGCUCGACGCAGCCGACGGCCCCGAGCACGGCCGCCCGGUCGCGCAUCUUCAUGAUACAGUGAAGAGGAAUCUUGACAGUGCUGCCUCCCCUCAGAAUGGUGAUCAACAAAAUGGCUAUGGAGACCUCUUUCCUGGACAUAAGAAGACCCGCAGGGAAGCACCUCUGGGUGUCCCUGUGUCUGCUAAUGGACUACCUCCAGCCUCACCCCUUGGUCAGCCUGACAAGCCUUCCGGGGGAGAUGUCCUGCAAUCCAGUGGGAAGCACUCCCUGGGGCUGGACUCCAUCAACAAAAAGUGUCUGGCAGACUCAAGCCUCCAUUUGAAUGGAGGUAGCAACCCCAGCGAGUCAUUUCCUCUGAACCUGAAUAAAGAACUAAAGCAAGAACCUGUCGAUGACCUGCCAUGCAUGAUUACCGGGGCAGGAGGGUCCAUAUCGCAGAGCAACCUCAUGCCUGACCUGAAUCUUAAUGAGCAGGAGUGGAAGGAACUCAUUGAGGAAUUGAACAGGUCAGUGCCUGACGAGGACAUGAAGGACCUGUUUACUGAGGACUUCGAGGAGAAGAAGGAUCCUGAACCUUCUGGCUCUGCCAUACAACCCCCAUUGGUCCAGGACAUUAAUAUUAAGACAGAAUUCUCUCCAGCAGCUUUUGAGCAAGAACAAUUAAGCUCGCCACAAGUAAGGGCCGGGUCUGCAGGACAGACCUUUCUGGCACCUUCAUCUGCCCCUGUGAGCACAGACUCUUCCACCAUUGGGGGCUCUCAGUCCCUGUUUCACAACUCUGGUCAGCCUGGGGCAGACAGUCCUGGUUCCAACCUGAUGCUGGCAUCAGCCCAAGCCCAGAAUUCACAAAGAGCCCUCCCAAGUGUGGUGUUGCCCAGCCAGGGCCCUGGAGGGGCCUCAGAGCUUUCCUCUGCCCACCAGCUCCAGCAGAUUGCUGCCAAGCAGAAGCGUGAACAAAUGCUCCAGAACCCACAGCAAGCUGCCCCGGCCCCUGCCCCAGGCCAGAUGUCCACAUGGCAGCAGGCAGGACCCUCCCACAAUCCUUUAGAUGUCCCUUAUCCCAUGGAGAAGUCUUCUAGUCCUCCUGGCUAUAAGCAAGACUUCUCCAACUCCAAACUGAUCAUGAUGUCUAGUGUGACCAAGAGUUCCCCUCGGCCUGGAGCCCCCUACCUCCAGCCCAGCCAUGUGAACCUACUGAGUCACCAGUCCCCGAACAGCUUGAAUCAGAAUGCCGUGAAUAAUCAAGGGUCAGUGCUGGACUACGGCAAUACAAAACCCCUUUCUCAUUACAAAGCAGACUGUGGGCAAAGUGGCCCAGGGUCUGGCCAGAACAAGCCAGCCUUGAUGGCCUAUCUUCCCCAGCAGCUGCCUCAUCUGAAUAACGAGCAGAACCCCUUGUUUCUGAUGAAACCAAAGCCAGGAAACAUGCCCUUCCGCUCACUGGUUCCACCUGGCCAGGAGCAGAAUCCUCCCAGCGUCUCAGGGCCAGCCCAAGCCACCAGUGUGGGGACCCAGCCACCUGCUGUGUCUGUGGCCAGCACUCAUAGCAAUUCCCCAUAUCUCAGCAACCAGCAGCAGGUGGCUGUAAUGAAGCAACAUCAAUUGCUCUUGGACCAGCAGAAACAGAGGGAGCAACAGCAGAAGCAUCUGCAGCAGCAGCAACAAUUCCUGCAGAGGCAACAGCACCUUCUGGCAGAGCAGGAGAAGCAGCAGUUUCAGCGUCAUCUGACCCGACCACCCCCCCAGUACCAAGACCCAACACAAAGCACCUUCCCACAACAGGUUGGACAGUUCACAGGAUCCUCUGCUGCUGUGCCUGGCAUGAACAACUUGGGUCCAUCCAACUCCAGCUGCCCUCGAGUGUUCCCUCAGCCUGGGAGUCUGAUGCCAAUGGGCCCUGGACAUGCUUCCGUUUCCUCCCUCCCCUCCAACUCAGGCCAGCAGGACCGGGGUGUAGCCCAGUUCACUGGCACCCAGAACAUGCCUCAGAGCAGCCUCUAUGGCAUGGCUUCUGGCAUAACACAGUUAGUUGCCCAGCCCCCUCCACAGGCCACCAAUGGACAUGCCCACAUUCCACGGCAGACCAGCGUGGGUCAGAACACCUCAGUACCAGCUGCUUAUGGACAGAAUUCUCUGGGGAGCUCUAGCCUCACCCAGCAGCACACUAAGGGGACCCUGACCUCUGGUUUAACUAAGCCACAGGUCCCAAGGGUGUCAGCAGCCAUGGGAGGCCAGAAUGCCUCAUGGCAACACCAGGGAAUACCAAACCUGAGCGGCCAGACCCCAGGGAACAGCAAUGUAAGCCCUUUCACGGCAGCCUCCAGUUUCCACAUGCAGCAGGCCCACCUGAAAAUGUCCAGUUCGCAGUUCUCCCAGGCAAUGCCCAGCAGGCCCAUGGCCCCCAUGAGCUCAGCAGCGGCAGCAGGGUCCAUGCUGCCCACAGUGAGCACACAUCAGAGGACCAGUGCCCCUGCACCUGCACCUCCCCAGGCAGCCCCCCAGCAGGGCUUGCCUGGCUUGAGCCCAGCAGGGGCUGAGCUAGGGGCUUUCAGCCAGAGCCCCACCUCCCAGAUGAGCGGCCGGACCGGACUGCACUGCGCCCAGGCCUACCCUGUGCGGACCGCUGGCCAGGAGCUGCCCUUUGCCUACAGCGGACAGCCGGGCAGCAGUGGGCUCUCAAGUGUGGCUGGACACACCGACCUGAUCGACUCCCUGCUGAAGAACAGGACUUCAGAGGAGUGGAUGAAUGACUUGGACGACUUUCUAGGGUCUCAGUAAUGGAGGAUUUGUGGUAUUUUUAGUGUUCACAUAUCCUAUAUUUUUGUUCUCAGAUUCAAGAAGGAGCAACUACUUUGGACCAAAAGCCCAUAGCCCAGGGAGCUAGCAAGCAUGAGUCUCAGCUGAGGCUCAGCUCCAGUCAGGAUCUGCAGGGCUCCCAGGCUAGCAGUUAUGGUCCAUCAGGCUGGCCCCAGCCAUCUGCUGGCAUUACUGCCUGGUGCUGGGAGAGGAGAGCAGGAUAGGAUUUCAAGUGGCUUCCUACUCCGAUGACCAAAAAUGAACAGUAGCAGCAGUGCAACUCCAUAGUGUCAGGCUUAGGAAAGUCUGUGCCAUUGUGUUGACAUUAAGGUUUCUCCACUGGCCUUGUGUUGGAGAUAAGGUUUUUACUGAAACUUUAAAUAGAAUUACUUGCAAUUUGUAGCAUAAAAGAGAUUUUAAUUUUUUUUUUUUAAGAAAGGUUUUAAAACAGAUUAGGCUAGGUGGUGGUUUAUACUGUUUAUGUGGCAUUGGACCUAGGCUUUCCUUUUGAUUUAGAGCCCUUUUUUUCCCUCUCUGUCAGCUUUCAGGGGAGGGGGGGUGCUGGGAAAUCAUUCCCUAACUAAGCACAGGCUGUGACUGCAGAUGCCAAAAAGGAGCAGGAUGCCGUGAGAACGUAUCUGAUGAUCACCUAGGAGUGUUGUCCUUCUCGCUCACUCUUGAGAACCACAGGCCCUGUACCAGGCCAGAUGCCGAAGAGAGAGUUUCUGGGGUCCAGUCCUCAACAUGUUGUGCGUUGUCUCUGACGCCUUGUAUUUAACAUGGUAGGAGCAUGUUCAUUGUUCUGUUCUGCACAGAUGGCUUUCCUCUACCCCAUCCCAUGACCUCUCUUUCAUCCCCCCAGCCAAAAUGGGAGCCGUGAUUUACUACAUUGGAGGAGGCAGAGAGUCGUUAAAAUUCCUUAGGGAACCCUAGUAUUGAAAAGGUUUAGGAGAAGAAGGCUGCAGGCCAGCCCAAGAGAAGGAAUUCCACUUUGCCAGCUUCUGCCACUCCCUCCUCAGAUGACUUGCACUUUUAAAAGAUUGUUUUAUAACACUAACGCAUCCUUUCUAAAAACUCAAGUGGAUUCUCUUUGAAGGUCUAUUAGUUAAUGGACUUGACUGAGCUGAGAACCCAUAAAAUAGAAUAUGGAGUGUGGCUUCUUUGUGGAGAACAAGAAAGAGAGCACUUGCCUGAAUGAGAAGCAAGACGGUGAGUGCAGGGAGAGACCCUGAAUGCAGGAUGGUGGAGGGAAAGGAGUUUGCUGAAGAGUGGCUUGCAUGCAGAAACCACAACCCCAUCUGUAUCUCCCUGGAGUAUCAAGAUAGAACAUUCAAGGCAUAGUAGAAUUGAGCCAUGGAAAAUACUCAUGUGACCAGCCUGAGUCACUUGGAGAGGAUGGGAGGGUGGGACGCCCACUGUCAGUUAGUUUGCGCCAGUAGUGCCUUUUUCACUGAGGGCACUCAGGUCCUCAGAGUCUCUCUAAUAGCCAUUUCCCUUGCACGCCCUCCCAACCUUCCCAAGAUACUCCACUUAGCUCUCAGAGAAGGGGGCAGAUUAUAAAGCCAGUGAAGGCUCCACUCUUAGAAAAUUCCCCGAUCUGAAGGGAAAGAGAGUGACUUCAGCAGGUUUUCAACCAAAAAUAGGGCUGAAGGCUGGUUGUGGAUCUCCAUUCCUCUCCUAGACUCCCCCAGCUGCUGCCCGCCUCCUGCCUCUAUCCCCGCGGCACUUGCCCCCCCCCCCCCCCCAGCACUCUGCCUUAAGCCCCAGGCUAACAAACAGUGGGCUUCUCACUUGCUGCAGUGUCAUAGCAAUAAAAUGUGAUUCUUGGGGUCUCCCCACAGAGCUGCCCACUGCUUUAUUUAUGAAUCUAGCUUUGGGGAGUCGGGAGGAGACAUUUCCGUGCACAUCCCCGUCUUCCUGGAGCCAGGACUCAGAAGAAAAGGGUGCUCGGACUUUUGUUAUACACAUGUGCUUUGUGUAAAUAAAUGUUUACAAUUUUAUAUUGAAGAUGGAAUAAGCGUUAGAGCUUCCGACUGUAUAUUUUUUACUUUUAUAGAUUUUAAAACUAUGAUCCUUUAUAUAUGUGUUUUGGGGGGAGCUAUAAUGUUUUAUGGCAAACAGUGGUAUUGUUAACUUUUUAUGGUCAUCAAAAGUACAUUUUAAAAAUCCUAUUAAUCCCCUUAUUCUUCUAUUUCCCUUAACUAUGGUAUAUACCAAAAAGAAAUCUUUACUUUCCUUGUUUUAUCAGUAUAAAAAUAAUAAAAAUAUUUUGCUAGUAUGGAAA